AUGUCAAGUUCUCUCCCUUUGGGAACGGCAAUGUCUGUCCCACGACUCGAUGGCGGUAGGAACGGAGUGUCCGCCGCACCAAAGGCGCUGGCCUUCUCCAUUGAACGGAUCAUGUCCAAGACCUCUGAACCAAAAGUCCGUUUGGAUGAGCGGCGAGUAGUGGAGACUUCAGAGGGAAUGAAGAUGCUGGGUCUCUGCUCACCUAUACCGUGCAUGAUCCCCCUACAACCUUUUAGCUACGACUUACAAGCCAAGGCGCUGAUGAAUUACUCCGAAUUUUGGAAAGCUAAUUUCAGAGGAACACUAUGCACUUCUGCGGCGAUGUGCAAAGCCAACUGUGGGAUGUGUGGCAAAAUUGACUCGGGGUUGAAGAACUCUUUAUUACCGGGGAGGGUGAUAAAACCCCAAGUCAUCCACCAGGCAGUGGCGAUGCCCACCAACGGCUCUCUUUAUUAUUUUAACUACCUGGACUCUGCUUAUCACCAGUCUGAGCUGCUAAGCGGACACUUGUUUUCCUCUGCCAUGGCCAACUCACAAGCCCAAGCUUCUCUCAGUGCGCACCAGAAACUGCUACUGCUGGAGAACGCCAAACUCGCAAGCACUUCCACCGAAAAGUUUCCGACACCUCAGUACCCACACAAGGAGCAUCUCCCUGGCCAGCUCGACCAGAUAGUGAAGGAGAACCAUAGCCUGAGCUCGGAGAAAAAUGGAGUGAAAGCGCAUAGCAAGCACAACAGCUCCACGGACGGGAAACCCAAAAACUUCACCUGCGAAGUGUGUGGAAAGGUGUUCAAUGCCCAUUAUAAUUUGACACGACACAUGCCAGUGCACACAGGCGCGAGGCCGUUCGUGUGUAAAGUGUGCGGGAAAGGAUUCCGUCAAGCCAGCACGUUGUGCAGACACAAAAUCAUCCACACACAGGAAAAGCCUCAUAAAUGCAACCAGUGUGGCAAGGCGUUCAACAGAAGUUCGACGCUGAACACUCACAUACGGAUCCAUGCCGGGUACAAACCUUUCGUCUGCGAAUUCUGUGGGAAAGGAUUUCAUCAGAAAGGAAAUUACAAGAACCACAAAUUGACGCACAGCGGAGAGAAACAGUACAAGUGUUCCAUCUGUAACAAGGCCUUCCAUCAGGUCUACAACCUAACCUUUCACAUGCACACGCACAACGACAAAAAGCCCUUCACGUGCGGGACCUGCGGGAAAGGCUUCUGCAGAAACUUUGACCUGAAAAAACACAUAAGGAAAUUGCACGACAAUAACUCAUGUAGGCCUAUAUCUGUGGCGACCGAUUCUUCCAGGGGACCCGAAAGCUGA